UGUGAUAAAUGUAUUUUAAAUGAUUGUCGUUAAUUUAUAAGGUCAUGCAAAUCCCACUUUAUAUUAUAAGAUACACGUCUACACCUCUCCAUGUGAAAUACAUGACUAAAUUACGGUGUAAGCAAGCAAUAUAUACUAGCUUUUAAUUAGUCAAAGCUAUUAUAUAUAGCUAAAAUAAUUCGCCUUCAUCAUCAAAUCAUGAAACCUGAAUUUACUGUUAUGAUAAUGACUAGGUAACGAUUAAAGUUAAUAAAAUAAACAUAAUAUAACUAUCAAGAUGAAAUAGGCGGCAUACAGUUUCAGAAUAAAUAACUAUUUAAUACACCACAUGAUCCCUAAAAAUGGCAUAAGUUGACAACGACCCUCGGUUUUCUAAGCUAUAAAUUCAUCAAGGUGGAGAAAUGAGGGAUUCUCAAGAAACUAUCAAACCAAGAAACUAAAAUACACACACAAGAAAAGAAAAAGUAAACUCUUCCUUUGAUGAUGAUUAUCACAAGAAGCAGAAAGUGGGUAACACUAUAUCAAUGUAUAUUUUUAUUAAGCAUGAUCAUUGCAUUACUAGACGUAGUCAUGAGUAGUAGUGAAGAUGCUAAGGAGCAAAAGAUGAGGGACAGGAUCCUCUCUUUGCCAGGGCAACCUCCUAACCUCAACUUCUCUCAAUUCUCUGGCUACGUUACUGUUAAUUCAGCGGCCGGACGCGCUCUAUUUUACUGGCUAACCGAAGCCCCUAAGCCCAGUGACACUAAGCCCCUGGUCCUAUGGCUCAAUGGUGGUCCUGGAUGCUCAUCCAUUGCCUAUGGUGCAUCCGAGGAGGUUGGUCCAUUUCGGGUUAAUCCAGACGGAAAGACUCUUCGUCUAAAUCCCUAUGCUUGGAACCUAGAGGCAAACCUGUUGUUUUUGGAUUCACCGGCGGGAGUUGGUUUCUCUUACACAAACACUUCUUCAGACGAACUAACCGUGGGAGACAAGAGGACAGGGGAAGAUGCAUAUAGAUUCUUGGUGAGAUGGAUGGAGAGGUUUCCUGAGUAUAAAGAAAGACCUUUUUACAUCGCCGGCGAGAGCUAUGCCGGACAUUAUAUUCCGCAGCUAGCUCAAUUGAUUGUCAACCGUAACAAGGGUACCAAAACUCCCAUAAUCAAUCUAAAAGGGAUCCUGAUGGGGAAUCCUCUGGUGGAUGAUUACAAUGACAACAAAGGGAUGCGUGAGUACUGGUGGAAUCACGGGCUCAUAUCGGACGAAACCUACUUUGAACUGACCAAAUGGUGCCUCAACGACACCAUCCUCUUUCCCAAACCAAACUGCGACAAUGCCCUGAACCAAGCCUUCUCUGAGUUUGGUGACAUUGAUCCUUACAACAUCGAUCGCCCUGCAUGCACCAAAGGUUCAUCAUCAAAUGAGUGGAGGCAAGCAUGGCGAUACAGAGGGAACGAUGAGUGCGUUACGGGAUACACACGCAAGUAUAUGAACGAUCCAAAUGUGCACAAAGCCUUACAUGCCCGCCUUAACGGCACUUCUUGGACCUCUUGUAGUCGUGUGAUAAGAAAGAACUGGAAAGACUCACCCAAGUCCAUGCUUCCCAUCCUAAAAGAACUUCUUCAAGCUCAUCUUCGCAUUUGGAUAUUCAGUGGGGACUCGGACGGAGUGCUGCCACUAAGUGGGACGAGGCAUUCGAUAAAUGCGAUGAAAUUGAAGACUAGCAAAAGGUGGUAUCCAUGGUACCAUUCACAUGGCCUAGUGGGAGGGUGGAGCCAGGUUUACGAGGGUGGCUUGCUAACGUACGCAACGGUUAGAGCUGCGGGUCAUGAGGUGCCAUUGUCACAGCCUCGUCUAGCCUUUUUCCUCUUCUCACAUUUCCUGGCCAACCACUCACUUCCCUCCUCCUCUUCUUGAUUACUUCUUCCUCCUCUCACUUAUCUCUUUCUUCACCUUUUUCAAGUUUUUUUUUCCUUCCACUUUAGUGAAUUGUUUUUUCUUUGUUUCUAUUCAUAUAAUAGUUGCACCUAGAGAGAUAUAUAAUUGGGCCUCAUGGCUGUUCUUGGACCUUGUGUUUGGAGUUCCCACGUUAGCCCAUCUUUCAUGCAUAUGUAAGAUGGUAUAUGUGAACGAUUCUAUUUGUGUGCA